GUGGUUAUUGCAUCCAUAUUUUAUCUGUAGUUGCAACCUUUUUGGCAUCUAAUUGCAUAUUUGGUUUCUAAUUAUAGAAUGUUAUGAGGCUUCUGUUAUUAAUUUUUUAUAUUGGACAUACUUGUUAAUAUGUUGCUAUAGGAAACAAUGCUUUGCAUGAUUUAAUCCUUACCUGGGCCACUUUUCCUCUUGUAAUCUUUCCAGGUGGUAAUUAUGAUAAUAAUUCCUCAACUUGGGGGCUCAAGAUCAUUGAAUACAAAGAAUUUGUUGAAAUUUGUUGUGUUCUUCCAAUACGCACCAAGGGUUCUCCGAAUAUAUCCUUUGUACAAAGAAGUCACUAGAACUUCGGGCAUUCUUACUGAAACUGCAUGGGCUGGAGCUGCAUUUAAUCUUUUUCUCUACAUGCUUGCCAGUCAUCUACUGGGAGCCUUUUGGUACCUGUUUUCUAUUGAACGCGAAACUGCUUGCUGGCGAAAAGCUUGUGGAAGUACGGCUGAAUGUGUCCGUGCUUCAGUGUAUUGUGAUGACAAUAAUGUCGGAUUUAGCACAUUUCUGAAUAAUACCUGCCCUAUACAGACACCAAAUGCAACACUUUUUGAUUUUGGGAUAUUCAUUGACGCUCUGCAGUCUGGUGUUGUCCAAUCAAUGGAUUUCCCGCAGAAAUUCUUCUACUGUUUCUGGUGGGGACUGCAAAAUUUGAGUUCUCUUGGUCAAAACCUCAAAACAAGCACCUUUGUCUGGGAAAUUUGCUUUGCAGUUUUUAUUUCCAUUUCCGGCUUGGUGUUAUUUUCAUUUCUCAUUGGAAAUAUGCAGACAUAUCUGCAGUCAACAACGAUAAGACUAGAGGAAAUGAGAGUGAGAAGGCGAGAUGCAGAACAAUGGAUGUCCCACCGUUUGCUUCCUGAGAGCCUGAGGGAGCGAAUCAGACGUCAUGAACAAUAUAAAUGGCAGGAAACUAGAGGUGUUGAUGAAGAAAAUUUGAUCCAUAACCUUCCCAAGGACCUAAGAAGAGAUAUAAAGCGCCAUCUCUGCUUGGCUCUGCUUAUGAGAGUGCCGAUGUUUGAAAAAAUGGACGAACAACUGCUAGACGCAAUGUGUGACCGACUCAAGCCAGUGCUCUACACCGAGGAUAGUUUCAUUGUGCGGGAGGGGGACCCAGUUGAUCAGAUGCUGUUUAUAAUGAGGGGAAAGCUGUUGACAGUGACCACCAAUGGAGGAAGGACUGGCUUCUUUAACUCAGUUUAUCUCAAAGCCGGCGACUUUUGUGGAGAAGAACUUCUUACCUGGGCUCUGGAUCCUCAUACGUCGUCUAACCUCCCAAUUUCAACUAGGACUGUCCAAGCCCUCUCAGAAGUUGAAGCAUUUGCUUUGAUGGCCGACGAUUUGAAGUUUGUUGCUUCUCAGUUCCGACGACUCCAUAGCAAGCAGCUCCGCCACACUUUCAGGUUUUAUUCACAGCAAUGGAGGACAUGGGCAGCUUGUUUUAUUCAAGCUGCAUGGCGCCGCUACUGUAGGAAGAAGCUAGAAGAGUCUCUUCGUGAAGAGGAAGAUAGAUUGCAAGAUGCAUUAGCCAAGGGUGGUGGGAGCUCCCCAAGUUUAGGUGCCACCAUCUAUGCCUCGCGAUUUGCUGCUAAUGCGCUUCGUGCUUUACGACGCAAUGCUACCAAAAAAGCAAGGCUGCCGGAGAGAAUAUCACCGAUGCUGCUUCAGAAGCCAGCAGAGCCUGAUUUUACUGCUGAAGAUAAAUAG